GCACUCUGGGCCGUAAAUAUAUAUAUGUAAAACUGCCCAUGCCCCGCCUCCCCUCGCCCACCGCCGCCCUCCUCGCCCGCAUCGUUCUCCCCAGGACCCCCCUUCGCCUACACAGCUUCUCCACAACAGCCCGCACUCCACAACUAACACGCACCAUGAAGGCCAUUCUCAUCAAAGGCGGCACCGGCCCCGCCGACAGCCUCUAUCUUGGCCAGGAGCCCACACCAGAGCCCAGCAAGGGCGAGGUCCAAGUCAAGAUCAAGGACUUUGGCCUUAACAGGAUGGAUAUACUCCAGAGAGAGGGCAAAUACCCACUCCCGCCUCAAGCAUCAAAGACCAUCUUGGGUGUCGAGUAUUCUGGAGUGGUCACCCAGCUGGGCGAGGGAUCCACAAAGUGGAAAGUAGGCGAUGAGGUGUUUGGCCUGGCCUAUGGAGGCGCUUAUGCGGAAUACAUCGUCUCUCCAGAGAUCAUGCUUUUGGCCAAGCCCGAAAAGCUGAGCUGGGUAGAGGCCGCUUCGAUCCCCGAGGCUUGGAUGACUGCUACCCAGGCUCUGACGCUUGAGGCGCCUCUCAAAGAGGGGCAAAACGUUCUCAUCCAUGCCGGUGCUUCGGGUGUGGGUCUCGCAGCCAUCCAGAUCGCUUUGCAUGCUCUGGGAGCUGGUAAAGUUUUCACGACCUGUGGUUCGGACGAAAAGGUCGCUUUUCUGAAGAACCUCGGGCAUUCCGACCGUCUGCACGUCUUCAAUUAUAAGACUCAGAACUUUGAGGAAGAGAUCAAAAAGAUUGACCAGGGUGUGGACCUCAUUAUCGACUUUGUUGGCACUCAAUACUAUAUCCAGAACAUCAAUCUCCUCCGCCUCGAUGGGACCCUCUACUUCCUUGCCUUCCUCUCGGGCGCCAAGUUCCCCGAAGGCGCCAGCAUUGCACCCAUCUUGGGCAAGAGGUUGACCCUGAAGGGAUCUACGCUGAGGUCAAGAAGCGCAGAGUACCAGUAUGCAUUGCUCAAGACGUUUGAGAGCAAGGUACUGCCAAAGAUACUGGACGGAACUAUGCAGGCAAAGGUGCACGAUGUGUAUCAUUGGACUGAUGUCAUUGAAGCCCACAAGGCCAUGGAGGCAAACAAGAAUAGCGGAAAGGUGAGUCAUCGUUCCAUGGCAUAGGCGCACAGCUAAUCCAUAUGCUAGAUUGUCAUCGAGAUCAAGGAGUAGGGCAUUCACAUGUUCCAGUAUGAAGGGUAGAAUCUUGUUGAUGCGGGCUGUCGGUCACAACAUCUCGUAUCAAUAUCAUGCAUCCUUUUCGACCAUAUCUGA